AUGGAGACGAAGACCGUCAUGCCCGUCGCCGUGAACGCGGAGACCGCGGAGAUCGCGGGGACCGCGGAGAUCGUGGUGACCGCGGCGACCGCGGUGAUCGCGGCGAGCGCGGAGAUCGUGGAGACCGCGCUGACCGUGGCGAGCGCGGUGAGCGAGGUGAGCGAGGAAGGAGGAAUGUCGAGCAUAAUGACUUCGAGCAAGAGGAGAAAGACCCCUGGCUACAGCGGCGCCAUGAGCGCCACGAUCGCCGCGACCGCCACGAGAGGGAGCGGAAUGACUGGCAUGACCGCCAUGAUCGCGACUCAAG